CGCCAUUGUUGUGACGCUAGUAUAAAUGCGGUGCCGUGCAGCCACAAUUUACCUCUGUUGCGCCUUGGUCCAAAAUGAAGUGGUUAUUACUGUUCGUCGCAAUUGCAGUGACCACUGCCACCAUUACUACCAGCAAGAAUGAUGCUAACAAGUAUAAAGAGGGUAAGCAGUAUACGUAUCAUUACGAAGGUUUGGUUAAAAAUGGUCUCCCCAGCACUGGUAGAGAAUACACGGGUCUUAAAAUCACAUGUAAUCCACAGUUAACCUUCCUGACGAAUGAAAUAAUAAUACUGAAACUUCGUUCUCCUCGACUUUAUGAAUACAACACAACACGUCACAUUCAUUACAAGGAUUCCAGCCUUACCAAUAAGUUCCACGAAGAACUUCUGACACCCAUCAAGUUCUAUUAUAUAUAUGGAAAGGUAGAGAAAGUUUUUGCCCCUGAACACGAACCUGAAUGGACACUGAAUAUAAAGAAAGGUAUUCUGAGUUUGUUAAACCUUGAGAUGCUAGACAUUGAUGAAGACUUGUCUACGUUUACAACAUAUGAGACUGAUGUUGUUGGCGAGUGUGAAACACUGUAUGAUGUUACCGAAGGAUCAACUGACCUUGGUGUCAAUUUCAUGAAUGUUACCAAGGUCAAGGACAUGAACAAAUGUAUCAAGAAUCCUGUCAGUGUGUCUUCGACCAUCAAGACAAAGCCGUGUGGAAGUUGUGAAGAUAAGCCAGAGGUAGAAUUGUAG